AUGGAGACAGGAACCUCUACAGCAGUGGUGAGGUGUUUUUCUCUUAAUGUGGAUGUGGAUAUGGACAGUAACGAGCCUCCCUCCCCGGUUGUUACUAGAGUUUAUGGUGCUGGUGGGAAUGGCGAUUCAAUGGCCUCCAGUAAACAAGACGUGCAGCUCAUCCUGGAGGGACUUGUCUCCAUUGCUUCCCAGGGUCUACAGGAAAUAGAUCUACAGGAGAACUACCAAGUCAUCCAGGAGCUUGGAGAUGGUGGCUAUGGUUCUGUACUCAUGGUAAAAGACAAGAAAACAGAUGAUACAAUGGCAUUAAAGCUCCUGUAUAGACAGAAGACAACUGAAUUUUCCUUCCUCAUGGAGUUCUGCACAUCAUUCUUCUUGUCAUCCCAUCCCAAUAUUAUUGGUAUAUAUGGUACUGCCUUCAUGACGGAUGACUGCUUUGCCUAUACCCAGGAGCUGGCGACAAAUGGAGAUCUCUUCUCCCUGAUUCCUUCUAAUGAUGGACUCCCAGAAGACAUGGUAAAGAGAUGUGCGGUGCAGAUCUCCAGUGCCCUGGAAUUCAUAGAGAGUAAGGGGCUGGUUCAUAUGGACAUCAAACCUGAAAACAUCCUGGUGUUCCAUAAGGACUGCCACCUCAUCAAAAUUACAGACUUUGGUCUUUCACGGGUCAAGGGAACAAUAACCAAAACCGUGUCGGGCAGUAGAAUAUUUAUGGCACCGGAGAUAAGGCAACUUACCGACCAGGACACUUUGGUUAUAGACUCAUCUCUGGAUGUCUGGUCCUUUGGUGUUGUUCUUUGCUGCUUGCUGACAGGGAAAUCUCCAUGGCAGUCAGCAGAUCCAUCAGACCAAGAAUAUUGUAACUUUGUUGAGUGGCAGAAUAAUUUCGGGAGUAUGGAGCUACUCUCACUAUGGAGAACACUUUCACCUCAGGCACUGAAAAUGUUCAGCGGUCUUUUAGCAAUAGACUGUAAUAGAAGGAGUAAAUGUACUAAAGUAUUAAUGUUCUUGGAUGAAUGCUGGAAAGAAGAAAUCCCAGAGACAACUGAUGUAGUAGUUGCUACGGAAGUAAAAUUAUCUGAGGAUUCUGGGCCAGAAAAUGUCCACCACAGUAGUGUUUCCACCACAUCAACCUGUAGUACAGAGUCUUACUAUUUGACCUCUGACAGUUCUCAUGGCCAGGAACAUCCAGAACAUUGCAAUGACGACAUCCAAUAUCCUUCAAUAUUCGAGGAGGUCAAGAUUUUAGUCAAUGUAAGUGAAGAGGUGGAAAUUGGAUGA